AUGGGAGAACCAUCACAACAAUUUAAUAUUCCACAUCGAGAACCAGGAAAAGAACAAUAUAUGAAUAGUGCAGAAUUAGAAUAUCAAGAAAAGUUAGCCGAAGCUUGUGGAAUUGCACUUGAAAAACGAAUUUUAGCAUUUAACGUUGCGCCACCAUCAAGUCAAAAAGAAGAUUUACGUAAGAUUUAUAAACAACCAUCAUUUAAAACUUUUAGAUCAUCCGCAUCAAAAAGACGUAUUCCAACGGUACCCGAAAGAAUACUUGAUGCACCAGGAAUGAUUGACGAUUAUUAUUUAAAUUUAUUAGAUUGGAGUAAUAAAAAUUUGGUAGCGAUUGGACUUAAUCAAAAUGUUUACGUAUGGAAUGCGGAUACCGGAUCAGUUAAUUCACUUGCUCAAACCAAUAAUGGUGAUGAUUAUAUUUCAAGUUUAUCGUGGUCAAUUGAUGGAGAUUAUUUGGCAGUUGGAACAAGUGAUGGGGAUACACAAAUUUGGGAUAUUUUAAGAGAACAAAAGAUUCGAUCCAUGUUAGGUCAUGUGUCAAGAGUUGGAGUAGUAACUUGGAAUAAACAUGUUGUUUCUUCAGGAUGUAAAGAUGGAAGUAUUUGGAAUCAUGAUACAAGAAUUGCUCAACAUCGAAUUUCCGAAUUAAUUGAACAUUCAAGUGAAGUGUGUGGUUUGAAAUGGCGUCAUGAUGGGGAAUUAUUAGCAAGUGGAGGUAAUGAUAAUAGAGUAAAUAUUUGGGAUGCGAAAUCUAGUAUUCCGAAAUUUACUAAAACGAAUCAUACUGCGGCUGUCAGGGCAAUUUCGUGGUGUCCAUGGCAAACUAACCUUCUUGCUACAGGUGGAGGAUCAUACGAUCGUCAUAUUCAUUUCUGGAAUACCAACACGACCGCACGUGUUAAAUCCAUUGAUACCGGAUCUCAAGUAACAUCAAUUAUUUGGUCGAAAGAAUAUAAAGAGUUAUUAUCAUCACAUGGAUAUCCGGAUCAUCAUUUAUCAAUUUGGUCAUAUUCUUCACUGCAAAAAAUUAUAGAUAUUCAAGCCCAUGAAACUCGGGUUUUACAUUCAACGAUUAGUCCGGAUGGUCAAGUGGUUGCAACUGCUGCAAGUGAUGAAAAUUUGAAAUUUUGGAGAGUAUUUCAAAAUCGUGAAAAGAAUGAUAAAUCAAAAAAUGGGGGUAAAGAAAAUGGAAAAAGUAUUAAUUCUAGAUUACUUAUUCGACGCCCUGCCAAAGCAGGACAUAAAGGCGUGUUUACAAAGGAUAUUCGACUUUUAAUGUAUGGGUUUGGAGAUGAACCUAAUCCUGCUAUGGACUCUAUAAAUGUAAUGGAAGAAUUGGUUGUUGAUUAUAUAACUGAAAUGUGUCAUGGUGCAUCGGAUGUAGCCAAAGAACGAAAAGUCAAUGUUGACGAUUUUAAAUUUGUCUUAAGGAAUGAUUCCAAGAAAUUAGCACGUGUAGAAGAAUUAUUACAUAUGGAACAAGAAAUCAAACGAGCAAGACAAAAUUUUGAUGUAAAAGAAAUUGACGAACAUGCUGCCAAAAAAUUAGAAGCUCAGGAAAAUUUGUAA